AUGACCGAAUCCCACCCUCCGGACACCUAUCGAGGUCCCCGCCACCAGGGAGAAUACGAUCGUCUACGAACUCAACAUGAUCUCGUGAAAACUGCAAUGAACGGAAAGCUUCUGUACUGUCCUGUGGAUUUAAAAGAGCCCAACCUCCGUAUCCUAGACUCCGCAACUGCCGAGGGUACGUGGUUGAUCGAUCUGGCUCGGUCUGUUCCCUCUUCGACGUCACUGUAUGGCACCGACAUCGCCCCACAACACUUUGUCACCGAGAAUGAGCGGCCUCCAAACGUUCAUCUCUUGCCUCACUCAAUCUUUGACCCUUGGCCUGCCGACUUUCAGAACAGCUUUGACGUAGUGCAUCAGCGCUUCGUUCUUACGGUCGCCUCCGACCAAACAGCCCAAGAGGCUGUCAAAAUGCUGUUAUCAUGCGUCAAGCCGGGCGGUUGGAUUGAGUUACAUGAAGGGAAUAUGCUUUCAAUCCAGGAAGGCCCUGAGCAUGCAGCAUUUAUGAAAUUCCGCGACAUAAUGGUCAACGCAUGGGCGGCCAUAGGGAAUCAGCCGAGCCCUGGGUCAUUCCUGGUGCCGUGGCUACGGAGUGCUGGUGCUGUAGAUAUCCAGGAAAGUGUCCAGAUCAUCAAAGUUGGAGCUGCAUCGGAGGAUAAAGAGCAGGGUGAGAGGGCUGUGGCUGUUUUGCUCCAUCUCCUGGAUGGAAUGAAGAUGAUGCUAAGUGAUAAGCCAGGGCAAGUUACGAGCAAGGAGUUUGAUGAUCUCCGGAAACAAUUAGAGGUUGAGCUUCGUACUGUUGGGAAUGUCUACUACUAUCAUCUCGCCUGGGCACGAAAAGCCUGA